ACAGAAUCUUUUCCCAACUGGAGAACUAUACUAUCACCAACACGGCCUUCCACAGAAACUAAGACUUCCUCGGUAGUUGAUAUUACUAUGGGACAGACUUUGGAGAAUGCAAACUUGCUUCAGAUGAUAAAAACAACACUGACUGGCACACGUUCAAGAACUUUGGAUCAAACUAACCUGUCGCCCACCCUUUAUCAAGGCAGUGGAAAUAGUGCAUCACAGGAACCUGCUGAAGUUUCUGCUGAGUCACCUCUGAGGUUGUCAUCUCAAGAUGCUGAUGAAACAGCUGGGGAAUCAGGUUUGCCUCAACUUGCAUCAGCGAAAGCAACUAGGCUUCCCCCUACUCGAGUGGAAAACACUUCUGCUCCUUCAGAAACAACAGCAGCAGCAGCUUUUGCUAACAUGACAGCAGCUCCUCCUCUGGAUUGCCGGCUCUCCUGGAACCUUAUGGUUAAAACAGUUCUCUUUCUGAACACGAGGAGGAUGAUGAUCAGCAAGUCCUUCAAGGAGAGUGUGACAAAAGGACUUAACCAAGCGCUGAGACAAGCUUUCAACCAAAAUGUCAGCACUCAGGUGGAAAUCCUGGAGCAAUCAAGUAACAUCACUAUUGGUUACUAUGUUACACGAGGGAGACUGGUUUUUAUACCAGCUGCUGUAAUUGAAAGACUAAUUGCCUAUGGCAUUAGCAAUGCCACAGCAGACUUAAAACAGCAUGUACUGAGUCUUCAGUCCAUUGUGGCCCUGGCGAUGCCAUGGAAGCCCCUUCCUGCGUACCACUUCCAGCUGAAGACGGAGCUGCAGUUUGUGAGUCAAACGGAUAAUAUACAGUCAUGCAAAUUUGUUCAGACGAUGGAGCAAAGGCUACAGAGAGCAUUUCAGGAUGCUGAGAGAAAGGUCUGGAACACCAGCAACAACCUAACAGUUCAGAUUUUGAAUACCUCCAAAGUCUCCCAAGCUGUCACUCUGUUUUAUGUAGUCAACAAUCAAAGCACAACUUUAAAUGGCACUAUUUCCAGCAACCUUCUUAAUCAGCUGUCAGCUGAGCUGGUGGGUUUCUACCUGACCUACCCACCUCUCACCAUUGCAGAGUCUUUGGAGUAUCCAAACCUCGAUGUCUCAGAGUCAACUAGAGACUACUGGGUGAUCACAGUUAUACAAGGGGUUGAUAUUACAUUACUGGGACUGAACAAUCAAAGCUUUGCAAGAUUGAUGGAGCAACGCUUGGCCCCGCUGUUCAUGAUGUCCCAUCAGCAAGGAAGACGCUUUAAACGUGCCACCACCGUGGGCAGCUACACUGUGCAGAUGGUAAAAAUCCAACGAAUUCCGGGACCCAAGGAGCCAGCUGAACUAACAUACUAUACUUUAUACAAUGGGAAGCCUUUGCUGGGCACUGCAGCUGCCAAAAUUUUGAGUACUGUUGACUCCCAGCGGAUGGCCCUGACACUUGGUUAUGUGAUUCAAGUUCAAGCUGAUCCUGUGGUGAAGAACCCGCCAAACAACCUGUGGAUCAUUGCAGCAGUCCUGGCUCCCAUUGCUGUGGUUACGGUUAUCAUCAUUAUCAUUACAGCAGUUCUGUGCAGAAAAAACAAGAAUGACUUCAAGCCGGAUACCAUGAUGAACCUGCCUCAAAGAGCUAAACCAGUACAAGGCUUUGACUAUGCCAAGCAACAUUUAGGUCAGCAGGGAGCGGAAGAUGAAGUUUUACCGGUAACUCAGGAGACUGUCAUACUUCCACUUCCAGUCAGAGAUGCUCCUGCCUCCCAGGAGAGAGAAAUUACUCAGGAUGGGAGCACCAUUAAAACGGCCCAAUCCAAUGAAACAAGGAAAAGCCGGUCCCCGAGCCAGAACGGCUCCAUCAUCAGCAACGAGUCGGGAAAGCCCAGCUCCAGCCGGAGCUCCCCGCAGAAAGUCGUGGCACCGCAAAAAGUGACAAAAGACGAAGGCAGGAAAAGAAACGUGCCCAUCAGCGAUGAAGAGGAAGGAGGCAUUCUCUUUGAUAACAUUGCCAAAUCUGCUAUUGACCCCUUUGACACCUCUUCUGGAUCUGUACAGCUGAUAGCUAUCAAACCUGUGGCACUACCUGCUGUUCAUGCUGCGUCAGAUCGGAGUCAGGAGUCUGCUGUCAUUAAUGGAGAGGUGAACAAGGCUUUGAAGCAGAAGUCCGAUAUAGAACAUUACCGCAACAAGCUGCGUUUGAAAGCCAAGAGGAAGGGGUACUAUGAUUUCCCACAGGUUGACAACAGCAAGGGGCUGACAGACAGAAAAAGGAUGUAUGAGAAAAACCAGAAAGAAAUUGACCACAUUUUGGAUCCUGAUCCAGAUGUAUCAUCUCCAUUUGCUGAGCCUAAGAGCAGGCAACAUAUGAAGAACUCGAUAUACAGAAGCCGGCAGUCUUUGAACAGUCCUAGCCCAGGAGAAACGGAGAUGGAUCUUCUAGUGACUCGAGAAAGACCCAGGCGUGGAAUCCGUAACAGUGGAUAUGAUACUGAGCCUGAAAUUAUAGAAGAAACAAAUGUUGACCGUGUCACUGAGCCUCGGAGCUACACCAGGUCCCGUCAGGCCAAAGGCCACUCAGAGACCUCAACGUUAAGCUCUCAGCCCUCCAUUGAUGAGGUUCGACAACAGAUGCAUAUGCUCUUGGAAGAGGCUUUCAGCCUGGCCUCUGCAGGCCACGGAGGACAGAGCAGGCAGGAGGCCUACAGCUCCGCACCACACUUGCCCUACUCAGAGGUGGUGACCAGCGCUCCUGGUACCAUGACCCGACCUAGAGCGGGUGUGCAGUGGGUACCCACAUACAGACCAGAAAUGUAUCAAUACAGUCUACCAAGACCAGCUUAUAGAUUUUCUCAGCUUCCUGAGAUGGUCAUGGGAUCUCCUCCUCCUCCUGUCCCUCCCAGAACUGGUCCUGUGGCUGUUGCCUCUCUCAGGAGGUCUACGUCAGAUAUUGGCAGCAAAGUGAGAAUACCAGAAUCCAGUGGGGUGGAUCAGGCCCAGCAUCAUGAUCCAGCAUCUUAUGCACCUGGUUCAAGAGCUCCAAUGUCUGUUGGCCCACUUGAUCAAUCAGCUUUUCACUCAGGAAAUACAGUACCGGCAGUAUUUGCCAUACCAGCAGCAAACCGACCUGGCUUCACAGGCUAUUUUAUCCCAACACCGCCCACAGCGUACAGGAACCAAGCCUGGAUGCCCUAUGCUGGAGAGAAUGAAUUACCAGGACAGUGGGCAGACUCAGUUCCGCUCCCUGGAUACAUCGAGGCUUAUCCAAGGCCCCGCUACCAACACAAUUCUCCUUCACGACUCCCUCGCCAGUACAGCCAGUCAGCAAGCAUGCAUCCCAGCUUGGAACAAGCUCCUUUGCCCUCUGCCACAGCUUCUCAGCAGAGCCUGACUGAAAAUGACCCAUCCGAUGCUCCUCUCACCAACAUUUCUACAGCUGCCCUGGUAAAGGCAAUAAGAGAAGAAGUUGCGAAACUGGCCAAGAAACAAACAGAUAUGUUUGAAUUCCAGGUUUAAUGUCUUCUGUGCACAGCAUUUGUAUCAUGUAACUUGGAGUGGCUGAGCAAGUGACCUCCUUAAUUUUCACUUACAAACUUAGAGUGAAUUGUGCGAAGUGAUGGCAUUUUUCUCCAUCUGAAAAAUCAACACUAUGAAAUAACUUAUAGUAGAGCAACAGGACCCUGAAGAUAUGUAUUCUACUUGCCAGCUAAGGAAAUGCUGCCAGGUAACUCUUUAAUAUCGGUAAUAUCGAUCAUAUGCAAGUGUUUGUCACUUGGCACUCAUACUAUGACCCGUCAUCGCUAGAGAUGCUGCUGUACAUGUCAGUGCCAUGCAGUAUUUCAGUUGCAGGCCCAAAUGCAGAGCUUCUGGGAAUAUCUUCUGCAUGUCAAAACCUUAUUUCUUUAAUUAAAGAAGAAAAUGGAUGGAAAAUGGCAAGCUAAACGCCAUGGUGGGUGUGGCAGCCAUGUUAAUUCUUUGUUACGGGACAUCGUACGAGGAAUGUUGAUUGAGUUUAUCUGUGUUGCUGCAGCCUCUUCAUUCUAGAGACUGUAACCAAACCAAAAGAAUCUGAGAUGAGUAAGUAAUACAAAUAAAUAUCCUGUAAAUAGCCCCAAUUCUUUUCAUCCUAUUUACAGUACAGAAAAGUGAAAGAAGAGAAGACUGCGAGAAGGCUAAUGAUAUUUUGUUAAUUAAUGGUUGCCUUGUCCAUGAAUGCCACUGAUGAGUUAUGGAGGAGAUGUUUUCAAUGUGAGAGAGCACAAUUCAUGAAGAGCUAACAAAGGAAAUUGGUGCUAGAAGUUUCCAGGAGAAAUGAAAAAAAGAUUCUUUGUGUUUGCUCUAUAUUCAGACUUUUCACUCUGAAUGCAUGAAGCUGGUAAACCUGAGACCAACCUGGAAUAGUGAAUACACCUGCUUGUACAAGACAACCUUUGUUUAACACAGUGCUUUUUUUUCCUCUUUCUUAAACAAUGAUACCUAGUGAAGUGCUACCUGAAGCCGCAGUUGAUCUUGAUCAGACUGGAACAGUGCAUACACAUAUAGGAAGUUCUGAAUGUAGAGGACCUGAUUACUAUAUUAACAUGUAAAUAAGUAAAUGGUUAAAUGGAUUAACGAAAACACUAGUGUGCUUUGAAAAAAGAGAGAGUUUCUGGAAAUGAUGCUGACUGUAUAUUGCUCAAGAUAAAGGUCGCUAAUAGUUAAACUGCAUUAUUGUAUGCAUCCAAUCCCGAAAGAAAAUCAAACUGGUUGAAUAGGACACAAGAUUGUCUUUUGCAGUUGUACAGAAUAGUUGAAGAUUAUGAACAAUUGCUUUCAGUUCCUUUGGCCAUGAGCUUCAGGAACUGAAGUUGUUGCAAAAUACAUUGUGUUGGGCAUGUUUGAUGUCAACUGGAGUUAAAGGUAAUGUCCUUCAUUUCAGUAACUUAUCUGGUUAUCCUCAAUUGCUUAUGUUAUUUUGAUUGAUCAUUUCAUUUUCUUGAAUUUCUUUGGUCUUUACCGUGGUGAGAAAGAGAGUUUGGUUUAGCUUUUUGGCCAUCAGUAAAAUGAGAGGAGAAGAGAGGACACUAGAGUAGGGGAUAAAAGAAAUUGAUGAAGCACAAACUUUUAAGACACAGCUAUUUUUUUCCCCAAAUAAUUAUAUAAUAAACCCUGUUUGAGAUCGUGAUAUAUAGUUAUCCUAGAAUAUACUGAUAUCUUCUGCUCCGAGACUGUAGGUAUUGCAGAAGCUUUUGGAGUGCUAGCUGAACUUUAAUGUGAAAUUUCAUUUUUAUUAUUUAAAAAUCAGAUAUAAAUAAAAAAUGUAUUUUUGUAAUCUCAGUGUAUAUACUUGCUGUAUGUUUAUACAAGUGACUAGUCUGAAAUAGUCAGAAAAUUUCCAUAAACCAAGUGCAAAAAAAGAAAACAAAAAAACAUGAAUAAUUUUAAUGAUCAGUAUUAAACGUGCAGCAUCUGGAAUACACAAAUGCACAUUUGGGUGACUUGGAUACUAAACAACCAAAGAAACUGGAUCUUUCUUGUAAAUAUAAGUCCGCUCAAGACAGACUAUACCCAUCUCAGUUACCUGUCAGCUAACUGAUACCGAUCUUAUCAGUGUAAUACAAGACAUCCAAAUGUCUUUUUGUGUUAAUAGCUGCCUAAAAAUGUUGCAUUUAAAAAUAACUUAAAAAAUAUAGGGCCAAACUCAGCAUGCUGUAAAAUGAUAAGUUCUGUUUGGCUCCAGUGGGAACUCAGCUCACUGAGAGCAAGGCUGAGUUUGUUAGGUUUUGUUCAUACAUGCAAGUUUCACUAGAAUCACCUGAACACUACUGUGCUUGUUUUUUGUUUUCUGUAACAUGAGUGUAGGCAUAAUUUAAGAGCAGCAUAUAGUUAUUUAGCCUAAGCUGGUUCGUAACUGGAUUAAGCUAACUUGGUAAGUGAAAUCUGCAUUAAAUUGUGUCAGCCGUGUUGGGCAUCAGCUUUAUUAACUUACUUUUUGAAUGAUUCUUCUAGUUAUUCCAGUGAAAUUUUGUGUGUAGAUAGGCCCUUCUAUGCAGUGGGAGCUAAAUGCCCUGUGAAAUAAAUUUCUGUGUCUUUGACUCAAGUUUUGCAGGACUAUCUUAAAGCUGCAAGUGUGGAAGCAGCAGCAGUCCUGCAGACUGGGAAGGCUUAUGGUGCCACGUAUCCCCAAAAGAGUCACAGGAGGUAGGACGUACCAGAUUUAUAGAGCAUCUUUGGGAUGCUUAGCUCUGCUUGUAGAUCUGUACCCGUUCUUCUACUUAAGUGAUUUAAUACUUCCAUCAAAAAGCGUGUUAGUAUAAAGCCAAGCAUCUAUCUGCCAUACUGAAAAUGAAGUUUGGAAAUUACAUGCACAGUAUGGGAUUUGAAUGCCUCUAUGCAAACAAAAUGAACAAAAUAGGAAACCCUAACGCUAAAAGAACCACUUGAAUGGCCUUCUAGAAAGACAAUUUUAGUAAAGGUAAACAAAGUACUGUACAUACAACUGAGGAAGACCUGUUAGAUUUCCAAAAUGAAUUUUGUUUCGUAUUAUACUGAUGAUGUGCAGUCUACUGAAUCAUCACUCUGAAACCAUUGUGGUGCACUUUAUUCACAAAGGCAUUUUACAUUCUUCGUUCAUAAUGGCUUUCUAUCUCACUUGUAAUAUGUUUCUGUAUUUUUUUUAACGUAAAAAGUAAGAUUGUAUCAAGACAGUAAGGACAUUCCUGUGAAAGAAAAAACAUGCUGUAAUAUUUAUACUGUCUGAGCACAAAGCAAUGAUAAAGUGAAAAUAUAGUGUACAAAUAAUUUGUAAAAUAAUAAACAUUUUGUAUGGCUACAAUUACAGUAUAGUUUUUCAAUAUUGAUUUCAAAGAAGAAAGUACACCUGUUUAAUGUUAUGAUAUCAUCAGGCUAUAUUCCUGUCAAGUUCACUUUU